GACAUGGCGCGCCUGCUGCGAGCACUGCGGGGCCUGUCUUUGCUGGAAGUUCCUGGGCGGCCAGCUCGGGGUUGUGCGGGGUCGGGACGCGGGGACUCAGGGUCUCUUACAAAAUCCAAGCUCUCUCUAAGCAAGACUGACUGGGAGAAGAAGUUGACCGCUGAGCAGUUCUACGUCACCAGAGAGAAAGGAACUGAAGCGCCUUUCAGUGGGAUGUACUUGAACAACAAGGAGACAGGGAUGUACCAUUGUGUGUGCUGUGAUAGCCCACUUUUCAGUUCUGAGAAGAAGUACUGCUCUGGCACUGGCUGGCCAUCAUUUUUUGAGGCUCACGGCACAGAAGGCUCCGAUGAGAGUCACGCAGGAAUCCUGAGACGACUGGACACUUCCUCAGGACGUGCUCGCAUGGAGGUGGUCUGCAAGCAGUGUGAAGCUCACCUUGGCCAUGUGUUUCCUGAUGGACCUGAGCCCACUGGCCAAAGGUUUUGCAUCAACAGUGUGGCCCUGAAGUUCAAACCAAGCAAGCACUGACAUCUCCAGGAGGCCCACGCUUUGCUCUCCAUCUUGUAGAGCCUGGUUCUGUAAUUCAGAUGGAUGCCUUGUUUCGUUCACUAUAAAUUUAGGCUAAGGUUGUUGCUGGCUGCAUAGGAGCCACAGCUUCUUAGUCACCUGAAAAUAACUCAACCCCAGCUUCCUCGUGGGCUGUGGGAUCUCAGAAUAACAGAAAGGCAGCCCAUUCUUCAACUGGCUGCCAAGGUUUUUGGUAGGACCUUUGCAGGAUUUGAACAGGUUCCUGAGCUGACAAGGGUUCCGCAAACACCCAAAGUAAGAACCUGAAUUGGCCAUAGCAGUUCGUUCCUUCAUAGAUGUACACAGGUGAGGAGAGCUCAAGGGGGAGAAAACGGAAAGGAUGGCAUAGGAGGGAUGAGAUCCCUGCACUGAAAUGGAGGAUGGGAGUGGCCGAGCAUGGGAAACACAUCCAAGGAUGGAUGGGAUUUGCUGACUCAAACGUUUGACUUCCAAUCUUACAACUCACAGAUGGGAUCCAUGGGAGCUGACUCAAUUUCAUUGACUGCAAAUAAUGCUCUCCCUCAACCCUUUGCUCCAACAGUAAAUUUCAAAAUAUUCA